AUGAUUCAAAUUCUCUCCGCGUGUCUUCACCUCCCACUUCAUCGUCCUCUCCAUCAUCGUACUCCUACCAACACCAAUGGCGCCUCCCCCUCCACCAUCCAACUCCUCCGCUCCUCCGCGUCGCAAAGGGACGCGAUCCUCGCCUCCUCCCUCCACGCCGCGCUCCUCAAAUCCGGGCUCCGCUCCGACCUCUUCGUCGCCAACGCCCUCCUCGACGCGUACCUCAAAAAUGGCCUCCUCUCCUACGCCGCGCACCUGUUCGACGAAAUGCCCCAGAGAGACGUCGCCUCCUGGACGUCCCUCAUCUCCGGCCUCGCACGCUGCAACGCCGCAAACGCCGCCGUUUUCGCCUUCUUGGAUAUGUUGGGCACGGACGACGAAGUUCGUCCGAACGAGUUCACCGUCUCCGCUCUUCUCCAGGCUUGUGGGCACAUAAAGGAUGUGAAGCUCGGAACAAUGGCGCACGCAUACAUUGUUAAAAAUGGGUUCUUUUCCGAUUCGUUUGUCGCUAACUCUUUGAUCGAUAUGUACGCGAAGAUCGGGUCUGCGGCGAGUGCCGAGAAACUUGUUCGUAGGCUGCGUUGCAGGGGCGUGGUUUCAUGGACUGCGGCGCUUUCGGGGUGCGUCUUGAAUGGGAUGUUCGAGAAGGCCUUGGAGCUCUUCACAAUGAUGUUGAAAGAUGGCAUUUUGCCGAACACCGUCACGAUGCUGAGCAUUAUCCAGGCUUGCUCGCUGUUGCGCGAGCCGAGUUUUCUCCGCUGGGUUCAUGCUUGGGCUACAAAGCUAGAGCUUGACCGCAACGAUUUGAUAGCGAAUUCUCUUGUCGAGAUGUACGCAAAAAACGAAUUUCUUGAAGAAGGUGUGAAGGUCUUUUACAUGUCCUAUUUGUUCGACGGGAAAGUGUGCUCGGACGCUAGCGUUGUUGCAGCGAUUGUUCAUGGUUGUAGCCUUUCGGGUUCGUUGAAGCAUGUAAAAGAGAUCCAUGGGUACUUAACUAAGGCCGGUUUCUUCCCGUGCACCGUAAUAGAGAACUCUGUAAUGGGCGCGUAUGCGAAACAUGGUCGAGUAGAUGAUGUGCAUCUGGUGUUCGAAAGGAUGGUUCAACGAGAUACUGUAUCUUGGAACACCGUGAUCUCGUGUUUUGUAAAGAACGACCGAGCUGGUGAUGCACUAGAAUUUCUUGGAUUGUUCCAUAAAUUGACCCAAAUUGGGUUGCGGCCGGAUUUCGUUACAAUUUUGAGCUCAAUACAAGCAUGCUCUGAAGUUGCAUCACUGCAGCAAGGCCAAGUACUCCACAGUUAUGUCAUCAAAUCAGGAUUCGACGUCGAUGUUUACGUAUGCAAUGCGCUCAUCGACAUGUAUGCUAAGUCGGGCAGGAUAGAUUUUGCAGAGCUAAUGUUUAGGGAGAUUGGAUUCGGCUUUAAGGAUAUCUCCUCUUGGAAUUCGAUGAUCGCAGCAUACGGAAUUCACGGAGAUGGUAGUUCCGCUAUGAGGGUUUUCGACAGGCUAAAGAACGAAGGAAACCACUCACCAAAUGCUGUAACUUUUGCUUGUGUUAUUUCUGCGUGCGGUCACGCGGGUUUUACUGAAGAGGGCUAUGAAUGCUUCAAGAGCAUGAAGAGGGAUUAUGGAAUCGAGCCUCGUACGGAGCAUUACGCAUCAAUGGUGGAUCUUUUUGGGAGAUCAGGAAAGCUCAGAGAGGCCGUGGAAUUCAUCAAAGAUAUGCCCAUUCAACCUGGGCCUUCUGUGUGGGGAGCACUUUUGGGUGCUUGUGGGCUUCAUUGGAACAUCGACAUUGCCGAAAAAGCUGCAAAGGAGCUCGCCGUUUUAGAGCCCGAAAGCGAUAUAUGGAAGGUGAGUUUGUCGAAUGUUUACGCAUCUGUUGGAAAAUGGGGGGAUUGGGCAAAAGUUAGGGCUUCGAUGAAGAGCAAAGGAUUGAGAAAGGAAGCAGGGUGGAGUUCUGUGGAGGUAAGAGGGAUGGAGAGGUAUCGGUUUACGGUCGCAGAUACGAGGCAUCGGGAAAGUGAGAGAAUAUAUGAAGUUUGGAGAAGUAUCAACAAGCACAUUGCAGAUGCUGCUGCUGCUGAUGCAUAUUUGUGGAAUUAG